UCAAUUGAAUUCAAUAAUAAUGGCUUCUAAGUUUACUUCCUCGAGUUCUUCUAUCUUUUCUGAAUCAGUAGAUCCUCCAAAUCAACUGAAAAUUACUGAUCUAACUUGGGUACUAUUAUUACUGACAAGACACGGUUACUCAGGAGUCACUUACCGUAAUCUUGGUCUUAAUCUUGGUCUAUCUCGACCUACACUAGAUGUUAUCAAAUCAAAGAAUAGAGGAGAUAUUGAUGGUGGUCUACGUGGUCCUACUAUCUAUUCAUUGGUAUCAGCAUUGAGGGAACUAGGAGAGAAUGGAGUAGCUGAUAGAAUAGAUAUGGAAAAGCAUCCUGCUUGUAAAGUUCUUGCUAGUUAUACCUCAGACCAGUCCCUUGUGACUGUACUACCUCAGAUGGUUAUAGCUUUGUAUGAAGCAGGCCUUUUACAGGAGACAAUUCUCCCAACUAAUAUACAAGGAGAAGCACUGAUGGGUGACAUAAAGGCUGCAGUUUGUGCUAAUUAUAGAAAACUUGAGGCGUUUGCUGAUAUUUUAUGUAAAUACACAGCCACUGCUGAGAUAGGAAGAGCUAUUAAGAGAGACUACAGAAUAGUUUAUGAGAGUGAUGACAAGAAUGUUGAAGGGCUCAAGAUUUAUCUUCCUAAGAGUGUCACUUCAGAGCUUUAUUUGAUGCGAUUGAAGUUUGGGCAAACAUUCAUCACAGUGGAAUCAAUCAUGAUGAGGAACCGUCAGUCUCCAUCUCUUGGUAAUAUUAAACUUGUACUGGGUAGAUACAACAGAGCAUUAAUGUCUCAGUUAGCUCAGUGUAAAGAUAUCCAUAACAUUUUACAAUUAAUGCGUGUUAACAGUUCACUUGAUGAUAUUAGUAUGUUGGAGUAUCUUGUUAGUGAGUUCAAUAUAGAGGAGGCUAAGCCAGUUAUUGAGGAAUAUAAAGGAGCUGUUGAGGAGUUAAAAAUAAAACUUUGCCAAUUUUUGGAAGAAGUACUUUUUAAAGCAUCAUCAAUAAUUAGUUAUGUUACGAUUGUCAUUGAUGAAGUUGCUGGCUAUUCAUUACUUAAAGAUGUACAGAAGCUGUCAUUAGCUGUAUUACCCCGUCAUAUAAAAGUAAAUGUCAUUAGAGGUGAUUGUAAUAGAAUGUGGGAAGAAUGGGAACCAGAAUCAUUCACUGAUAUUUAUGUGAGCCCUACUGUACAAAGUAAAGAUGCCACACUAAGAACUGAAGUACCAGCAGGAACAACAGAAAAGCAUGAGGAUCAAGUUAUGUUGCUACAGGAGAAAGUUGAAAGUAUUCAAAAACAACUGAAGGAAGAAAAGGAACUCCAUGAAGAAGAGAAACAAUUUAUUACAAAGAAAUAUGAAGAAGAGAUCCUUCAAUUGAAAGGGGACCUCAUUCAAAAUGAAGAGAAAAUAGCAACACUUACUAAACAACAGGAGGAAGUUACUAGAGACUUGAAACACAAGACAGAACAACAUGAAGAAUUAAGAUCAGAGAAUGAACUUACUCAUAAGCAACUGGAAGAACUUCAAAAUGAACUAGAAGAAGAGAAAAUUGAGAAAGAAGAGCUACAAAGAAAGAAUGAUUGUCUUCAAGAGCUAUACCAAGUCAAAGAUUACAAGGAAGUAUCAGUUCAGAGUGAAUACACUAUCACUGAAUCAGAAUUACAGAGUGAAAUUCAAAAGAUUAAAAGUGAAAGUGAAACAUUUCAAAAACAAAGGAAAGCAUUGAUACUGGAGAAUGACAGAUUAAUGACAUUACUUAAAGAUUAUAAUGUACCAGUAGAACAGAAAGAAGAGACUGAGAUAUUACAAGAGAUUGAGACUGUACAUACAUGUACUUAUAUCAGUAAAGGUGACAUAUCCCAAUUAUCAGUGAUACUGGAACCAGUUGAAGAUGACUGGUAUCACAUUGGACAGUGUCUUGAAGUGAAGGAAUCAGUGUUAACUGAAAUCAAAGAGAUGACACCAGUUGAUUCAAGAUUAACUCGUGUACUUGAGACCUGGUGUCAUGAGAAGGAUAGAACAAUAACUGAACUGAAGGAAUCAUUGAAAAGAAUGGAUAGAGAUGAUAUACUGGAAGGUUUACAUGAAUUACCUACUGGACAAUAUACAAUGAAUAAUGAUGAAGAAUAUGAUAUUAAUGUAAAAGAUUCAAAUGAUGAAGUUGAGACUCAAAUUGAAACUGAAAACAAAGAAAUACAAACAACACAAACAACUCUUGACAAAGAAAUUCAAUUCAACUAUCUUGUACCAGCACAAGAUAAUUUGGAAGGUCUGAGUGAGUCCCAAAUAGCAGGGAAGAAGUUGUUCUUAGUUCAAGGAGACAAACCUCAACUGAUGAACUGGGAGGAGUAUGGACUGAGGAUUAGUGUACCAGAGGAUAGUCUAUCAGCAUCAGAGACUGUAGAAGUAUCAGUACUAGCUCUUGUAGGAGGACACUUCAAGUUUCCUGAUAAUACUAGACUAGUCAGUGCAGUGUAUGCAAUAUCAACCAGUCCACUCCUCAAGUCACUGAGGAUAGAAAUGCAACACUCUAUUGAUCUCAGUGAUCCUUUUUUAUCCAAGUAUCUUAAAUUUGCUGUUGCUCCAGUUCACACAGCUAGUCUUCCUUACCAGUUUUCUAUAAUUGAAGGAGGGGAGUUUCCAGCAUACCAGAGAUAUGGAUGGAUUGAACGAAGCAAGUUUUGUCAAUUAGCUAUUGUUGGAGAGGAAGAAGAGGAAAAUGGAGGAAGUAGGAAUGAGGAGAGGAAUGGAGAGGAAGAUGGAGACUCAGGAGAUGAGGGAGGGAAAGGAAAGGGACAGACAACAGGAGGAGAGGGACAAGGAGCAGGAGGACAAGAAGGAGAACCAGGUGGAGGAGUAGCUGGAGGGAAUGAAGAAGAGAAAGAUGAUGAGAAUGGAACAAUUGCUUUAGAAUCAUGUGAUCAACCAAACACUUCAUCAACACUUAUUGUAUCUACUCAUUCCACUGGUAUACCUGAAGCUACAGUGUAUGCUGGACAAGUGUUUUAUCAAAGAGCAGAUAAAAUGAGAUUUGCAGCUACUAAAGAUUUAAAUGCUCUAAUUGAGUUCAUUAAAAAAGAUUAUCGUCAACUAGAAAUGGGUGAAGCUUUUACAUUUCAAUUUGAUCCUUCUUUUGGAUGCCUUGAGCUAGUGUUUGGUCCUCAGGAUGGACCAAUAACUGGUUGGACUGUUAGUCCUGAUAUAGUACCAUGCCAGAUUGAAGAAGGAGAUUUAGAUGUUUUUGGUCAUAACCGUACCACAAUUCGUUUGGUAUCAAUAUAUGCUGACAGCAGUCAUCCUGAUACAGUUCAUGUACUGAAGUAUGCUAUACCAUUGAAAGGAUUACGUAAACCAAGAACAAUCAAUAUUAACAGAUCCCUGAAAGAUAUAUUAGAUGCAGGUCAUUCUGUUGGUACUAAAGAUGUUCCUAAUCCUGGUUCACAAAAUGACAUCAAGAAGCACCUUAAUGAUCUGAAACGUUUCCUUUCUUCUUCAGAAUUAUCAAUGUUUCGUGACAUAGCUAAUGUUUGUAAGGACGUAAAAAUUAUUAAUUCUUCUCAGUAUGAUGAGUUAUUUGAUGGAAUGAAUAACCAGUCUUUAUCAAAAAGAGUAGAACUUUUUAUUCAAAAAAUUAUAAAUACAAUUGAAUUUUGUCCUGAUCAAAUUAGUACAUUCUUGUCUAUACUGAGGGAGCAGGAUCAUGUUGUUCUUUCUACAUUAGCUGACAGGAUUGCUGCUUUAUUAGAUAUAUGAACAAGAUAAUGAUUACAGGAGCAAUGUAUUAACCUAUUUUUCUAUUUUUAUAUGAUUUUUUACUGUAUGUGUUGUGUGUGUGUGUAGUUUUGUGUUUGUAUUUAACUUUACAAGACAGUUUAAGAAGAUUCCUCAACGCUA